GUUACGAAAGAUAGAGCACAGCCAAAAACGUUGCUAAUUACUUUGACAUACAGUGUUUAUACUUCGUGUUUACAGUGUAAUAGACGCCGUGUUUGCUUUGAGCGUGUGUGUUGUGGGGUUGUUGUUUUUUUUGUGUAUCGCAUAGUAGAAAAUGGUACAGGGCUCUAAAGUUAGACAGAAAGUGUUUCUACGAAAAACUAAAGCUGGAAAUAUUGUUAAGGUUGUUCGAGAACAUUAUCUUCGAAAUGAUAUAGGUUGUGGGUCAGAAGUGUGCAGUACUUGUUACCAGUCACAAGAUGAGAAAAGACUGAGUUCAAGUCCCGUAUCGAAAUCGUCAAGAUUCCAAUACCCACAUUACCUUGUGCUUGACACAUGUGUCAUAUUAAACCAGAUCGAUGUUGUGGAGGCAGACACUCUUUGUGAUGUUAUUAUACCACAAACUGUCCUCGAGGAAACAAAGAAUCGGAGCCCUGCUAUAUAUAAAAGACUCAGAGCAGUUAUCAGCAAUACUUCUAGAAAUUUCUUUGUCUUUCAGAAUGAGUUUCAUGAGGACACACAUGUUUUGCAGCAGUCUGACGAGACUUCGAAUGACAGAAAUGAUCGUGCUAUUCGGAGAACAGUUGAGUGGUAUCAGAAACAUUUGGAUCACAAUCAAAAACUCCAUUCCGACAAUCACAUUAAAGUUCUUCUUGUAACUGAUGACAAUGAAAACAAGCGGAGAGCAGAAGCAGAAAAUGUGCUUGUUGCAACAAUCAGACAAUAUGUCGGUAGUCUGGUUGAUUGCCCUGAGCUCCAAGACAAGAUGGUGAGCUUGGAUCAAAUGCGGUCUUUUGAUGAUAAAGGAAAGGCACUGUUUCCAAAACAUCUAAGUUUGGCUGAAAUUCAAAGAGGGAUUAAAGCUGGAAAGUAUCAUUCGGGUACUUUUUAUGCAUCUCGUGAAAACUGUUUGGAAGGAAGUGUAAAUGUAGAAAGCUACGAAAAGUCGGUUCUCAUACAGGGGCGUGUUAAUCUGAACAGGGCCAUUGAUGGGGAUAUUGUAGCUAUUAAAAUUUUACCACAAGAUCAGUGGAGAAGCUCCAGUGAUAUUGUUCUUGAGGAUGAUGAUGAAGGUGAAGGUAAUUUGAAUGAAGAAGCUCUAGAAACACAGCAGCAAGCUAAGGAUGUUCAGCCAACAGGUGUUGUUGUUGGAAUAAUACAAAGAAAGUGGAGGCAGUACUGUGGUAUCCUACAAGUCUGCGCUUUAGAAGAUGCAACACAUCAUAUUUUUAUACCAUCAGAUAGGAAAAUUCCAAAGGUCCGAAUUGAAACUAGGCAGUACAAAACUCUAAAAGACCAAAGAAUAGUUGUUUCUAUUGAUUCUUGGCCUUACUUUUCACGAUAUCCACAGGGGCACUACAUCCGAGCACUUGGCAAGAUUGGUGAUAAGAAUACUGAAAAUGAAGUCCUGCUUCUUGAGCAUGAUGUCCCUCACAAUACAUUUUCCCAGGCUGUUCUCAGUUGCCUGCCAACACUGCCUUGGCUGAUAACAGAUGAAGAUGUUGCCAGAAGGGUAGAUCUCCGUCAUGUCGACAUCUGUUCUGUUGAUCCUCCUGGUUGCACUGAUAUUGAUGAUGCACUUCACUGUAUGGCCAUUGGAAAUGGAAAUUAUGAGGUUGGUGUCCAUAUAGCUGAUGUUUCUCAUUUCAUACGUCCUGGCACUGCUAUUGAUAAGGAAGCAGCCCAUAGAGCUACUACAGUUUAUCUUGUUGACAAAAGGAUUGAUAUGGUUCCAGAACUCCUAAGUUCCAAUCUUUGCUCACUCAGAGGAAAUGAAGAAAGAUUUGCAUUUUCCUGCAUUUGGGAGUUGUCACCUAACGCUGAAAUAAUUAAUACUAGAUUUUGUAAAAGUAUUAUUAGAUCACGAAGAGCUAUGACGUAUGAAGAAGCACAAAUCAAAAUUGACGACAAAACUCAGACUGAUAAUCUAGCAGUGUCAUUAAGACACCUGAACAGUCUGGCAAAAAUACUGAAGAAGAGACGCUUGGACAAUGGUGCACUCGUCCUUGCUUCUCCUGAAAUACGCUUCAAUAUCGAUAGUGAGACUCAUGAUCCAAUAGAUGUGAAAGCCAAACAACUGCUUGAAACAAAUUCAAUGGUGGAGGAAUUCAUGUUGUUGGCUAACAUAUCAGUAGCAGAAAAGAUCCUGGAAGAGUUCCCUGAGUGUGCAAUGUUGCGGCGUCAUCCUGAGCCUGCUCCUGCAAAUUUUGAGCCUCUUGUGAAAGCAGGAAGUGUUCUAGGAUUUGAGUUAAAGACAUCGUGUGGAAAAGAGCUGGCAACAUCUCUGGAUACAGCAGUAAAUCCUGCCAACCCUUAUUUGAAUACAAUGCUGCGUAUUCUGGCUACCCGUUGCAUGAAUCAAGCUGUCUACUUUCCAAGUGGAAUGCAGCAGAGGGAGGAUUUUUUCCAUUAUGGUUUGGCUGUACCGGUCUACACUCACUUCACUUCCCCCAUAAGAAGAUAUGCAGAUAUAAUUGUGCACCGACUUCUGGCUGUUUGCAUUGGAGCAGAUUCAACUUAUCCAGAUCUCCUUGAUAAAAAGAAAUCUCAGGAACUUUGCAACAAUUUGAAUUAUCGAAACCGUAUGGCACAAUAUGCUGGGAGAGCAUCAGUUGCACUCCAUACACAUAUUUUCUUCAGAGAAAGAGUGCAAGAUGAACAAGGCUACAUCUUGUAUGUGAGGAAAAAUGCAUUGCAAGUAUUAAUACCCAAAUAUGGAUUUGAAGGAACAGUGUACCUGUUAGACAAAGACAUGCCAGUGAAAUUUGUCUAUGACAGAGAGUUGCAGACCCAAACAUGGAAACAUAUCACUUUCAAGAUAUUUGACCCAGUAACUGUACGACUGAGUCUUGAUAGAUCAAAUGUACAGCAUGAAAAACUGGUAAUGAAGCUUGUGGAACCUUAUAUACCUGGCUUGAGUAUAUCAAAAGAUGAUCUGGAUAAGAGGAAAGGUUCAGAAGAAACAGUUAAUCCAAAGAAAAAAAGUAAACGUUAGUGCACUUGGCACACAAUUUUAUACUUGUUUUAAAUUGUUACAAUUUUUUGUAUUUGAGAUUAAAAGCCUUUUAAACAUAAA